UGCCUUUUGCUUUGGCUCCUAGGUGCGGAGCGGUGGGUUUCUGCGCGCUCGGGAAGGACGGCAUGUUCUGCUGGGGGCUCCCGGGAGCUGUGCUGGGCGGGCUGCUGGGCUCCUGGCUCCUGCUGGCGGGAUCUCCUUUAGGAUUCAAAGUGAGAAGCCCAAAGCUAAAUAUAAGAGGAAAACAACAUGUCACACAAGCAGGAGAUGCUUUAAAUAUCAUGUGCAGCGGGGAAGUGGCCCAUUCAUGGUCUUUGCCUGAAGGUCUAAGUAAGGACAGCAAACGCUUGAAUAUCACCACAUAUACUUGUGGAAGGAACAGAAGACAGUUCUGCAGUCGCCUGACUUUGAACAGAGCGCAAGCAAAUGACACAGGAUAUUAUAGCUGCAAAUAUCCAUCCUCAAGUGCUGUGAGAAAGAAGACAGUGUCUACAAUAUACAUAUUUAUUAAUGAUACACACAGUCCAUUUGUAGAGGUGCACAGUAAUGAACCGAAAACUAUUCUCAUGACUGCUGGACAAGAGCUUAUAAUUCCAUGCAGAGUUACAGCACCAGAUAUUCCUGUUAUAUUAAGAAAGAUUGCAGGUGCGGUUCCCAGCGGGAAGACUAUCUGGGAUAGUACCAAAGGUUUUAUAAUACCAAAUGCCACAUUUGAAUUCAUAGGGCUCUUCAAAUGUGAGGCAACAAUUGGUGGAUAUAGACACAAGUCAACGUAUCUGACAUACAGGCAAAACAAUGAAAUUAUAAAUGUCAGUUUAAAUGCCUCAAGACCAGUCAAGCUACUAAAAGGAGACAACCUUGUUCUUAAUUGUACCGUCACUGCAUCCUGGAACACGAGACCGCUUAUAACAUGGAACUAUCCUGGUGAGAGAAACAAAAGAGGCACCAUAACUUCAAGCAUUAAUCAAAGGAAUUAUGGAGCCAAUGUAUUCUACAGUAUUCUUGUUAUUGAUAAAGUUCGUGAUAUUGAUAAAGGACUGUAUACUUGCAACGUGACAAGUAGCCCUUCUCUCAGAUUGGUUAAUGCAACUGUCCACAUUUAUGAUAAAGCAUUCAUCAGUUUGAAGCACCGAAGAAAAAACGUGCUGGAAGUUACGUCUGGCAAGAAAUCCUAUCGAAUUUCUAUGAAAGUGAAAGCGUUUCCCACCCCAGAGGUUGUAUGGUUGAAGGAUGGAUUACCUGCUGCUGAAAUGUGUGCCCGAUAUAGAAUUAAAAGUCAUUCACUCACCAUAAAACAUGUGGCAGAUGAAGAUGCAGGAGACUAUACUAUACUACUGAGCACCCCAAAAUGGAACUUGCACAAAAACCUAACAGUCACACUGAGAGUAAAUGUGAAACCUCAGAUUUACGAAAAAAUGUCCUCAUUUCCUGGUCCUAAUCUCUAUCAAGUAGGCAGCAAGCAAACCCUGACUUGCACGGUUUAUGGUAUUCCCCAGCCUACAAUUAAAUGGACUUGGAAUCCUUGCCAACAGAAUCACUCCAGGUCAAGGCGUGACUUUUGCUCCAAUCCAGAGAGACCUUUCACUUUGAAAUUUGGCAGCACUACGGGAAACAGAAUCCACAGCAUCACCCAGAGAACAUCGAUGAUAGAGGGGAAGAAUAAGACUGCUAGCAUUUUGAUAGUGGAUGAAUCCAACGUAUCUGGAAUCUACACCUGCAUUGCUUCCAAUAAAUUAGGAACUGAUGAAAGAAGCAUUCGUUAUUUCGUAACAGAUGUGCCAAGUGGAUUCCACAUUAAUUUAGAGAAAAUGCCCAUUGAAGGAGAUAAUCUGGUGCUAUCCUGUUUAGCCAACAAGUUCCUGUACAAAGACAUUGCUUGGAUUUUACCAAGAACAGUUAACAACCAAACAAGAGUUAAAAAGGCAACCACUAAGGAGUACUCCAUUGACCUCACCCUCACCAUCAAGAACAUUUCACUUGAACAUUCAGGCUCCUACGCCUGCAGAGCAAGGAAUAUAUACACUGGCGAAGAAGUGCUUCAAAAGAAAGAUGUUACAGUCAGAGCUCAGGAAGCACCAUUUCUGUUGCGGAAUCUCACCGAUCAGGUAGUCAACACCAGUCACUCUGUUACUCUGGAGUGCCUUGUUCAUGGUCUACCAGAGCCUCAAAUAUCCUGGUUGAAAAACAACAAAGAGAUACAGCACCAACCAGGUAUUAUAUUAGGACCAGGAAGUCAGAGCCUACUGAUUGAAAGGGUGCAAGAAGAAGACGGAGGGCUCUACCGCUGUGUGGCUGCUAACCUGAAAGGAGUGGUGGAAAGUUCAGCCUUUGUCACCGUACAAGGAAUUUCAGAGAGCUCAAACGUAGAACUAAUCACACUGACGUGCACCUGCGUGGUAGCUACACUCUUCUGGCUUCUGUUGACACUCUUUAUACGUAAGCUGAAAAGGCCUUAUUCCUCUGAAAUAAAGACAGACUAUUUAUCAAUCAUAAUGGAUCCCGAAGAAGUCCCCUUAGAUGAACAAUGUGAACGACUUCCUUAUGAUGCCAGCAAGUGGGAAUUUGCCCGGGAAAGGCUUAAACUGGGAAAGAUACUUGGUCAAGGGGCCUUCGGAAAAGUAAUACAAGCAGCUGCUUUUGGGAUUAAAAAGUCACCCACAUACAAAGUGGUGGCUGUCAAGAUGCUGAAAGAAGGAGCCACAGCCAGUGAGUACAAAGCUUUGAUGACUGAACUGAAGAUCCUGAUCCAUGUUGGUCAUCAUCUUAACGUUGUGAAUCUGCUGGGAGCUUGCACAAAGAGUGGAGGGCCACUAAUGGUGAUUGUUGAAUAUUGCAAAUAUGGAAAUUUAUCAAGCUACUUGAAGAGCAAGAGGAAUUUUUUCCUCACAAACAAGGAUGCAUCAGUUCGAGUAGAGCUGACGACAGGGGAGAAGGAUGUUGAGCCGAUCGAUGUUCAAAACAGGAGGCUGGAGAGCAUCCCAAGUAGUGAGAGCUUAGCAAGCUCUGGGUUUCUGGAAGAUAAAAGUUUGAGUGAUGAGGAAGAGGAGGAUGCUGAUGAUUUUUACAAGUGGCCCCUCACCAUGGAAGAUCUAAUUUCUUACAGUUUCCAGGUGGCCAGAGGCAUGGAGUUCUUGUCAUCUCAGAAGUGCCUCCAUCGUGACUUAGCAGCCAGAAACAUCCUUUUAUCUGAAAACAACGUUGUGAAGAUCUGUGAUUUUGGCCUUGCAAGAGAUAUUUAUAAGAAUCCUGACUAUGUGAGAAAAGGCGACGCCCGUCUGCCCCUCAAAUGGAUGGCACCAGAGUCUAUAUUUGAUAAAAUCUAUAGUACUAAGAGUGAUGUUUGGUCUUAUGGAGUGCUGUUGUGGGAAAUAUUUUCUUUAGGUGCAUCUCCUUACCCAGGUGUUCAAAUAGAUGAAGACUUUUUCAGCAAGUUAAAAGAAGGUGUACGAAUGAAAGCCCCAGAUUUUGCAACAGCAGAAACAUAUGAGAUCAUGCUGGACUGCUGGCAAAGUGAUCCCAACGAAAGGCCAAGAUUCUCAGAGCUGGUGAAAAAAUUAGGGGAUCUACUGCAGGCAAAUGUUCAGCAGGGUGGCAAAGACUAUAUCCCCCUGAAUAUAUUAUCAGUGGAUUCUGGAUUUGAUUGUUCCACCUCAUCUGUUCCUCAAAGGAAUGAAGACGAAUCAGCACCACCCUUAAAUUCUGGGCACACCGAAAAUUCUGGAAGAUAUGUUAAUGUCUUCAAAAUGAAACCACCGCAGAGAGUCAAGACCUUUGAGGAGCUGUCACCCAAGGAAAGAUCUGGACUUGAUGGUUACCAAGCAGACCGUGGACUGGUGCUGCCUUCAGAACGGCUCAAACGUUUUACAUGGACAGGCAGCAAACAAAAGCAAACACUCUUUGGCCUCCUCUCUGCCAGCAGAAGCAAGGACUCAGUGUUUAUGGACAGCACUAAGCAAAACUUAUACAGUUUCAGCUGUGGCCACAUCAGCGACGCGACUCGGCCAUUUCCUUGGGGCAAUACCAUGUGGGAAAAGAAGGUAGCAGAAGCUUUCCCUUCUCCCACUUAUAAUUCUGUGGUUCUUUAAACAAUCUAUGGGGAUCUCUAAACAUUGGCAACUGAAGAGCAACUGCCCCUUGCUUGAUUAGUCCCCUCUUCAUCUUCUCCAUUUAAACAGAGUUCUUGCUGCUUCCUAUAACAGCACAUUCUUUCGCUCUGAACAACAGAAUGACUCUCACGUACCCCUCCCCCGUACUGUAGCUCCAUCUCUGAUCCAGUCUCAGAGGCUUGAUACUUGUAUAGAUGCACGAGGGAGAUGCUGUUUCCUUGAAUUUCUAAUGGCAGCUUCUUUGCGGCUCCCAUACAAGGGAACUGAGAUGGGGAAUUUACUAGAUCAGUUCACACGUAGCUUCCACACUCAUCUAUUCCAUUCUCAAGAGAGAAUUUUUCCCUCGUCCCCCCAAAAAUCUAUGUGAGUAUUCUUAUAGACACGUUUUCUCUUAAAUCCCAUGAGUGCUUUAAAAAAACACCUUAAAAGCAGUUUAAACCAUGUUCAGGGCGAAGGAAGCAGCGGAAGUCAUUUUUGUGUUGGUUCAAUGCAGCAGUCUGUCAUGCAUCUCUACUGUGCAGUCAUAAUUCUUUGAGCUAGUUACAACUUUGCAAGAGCAUAGCUUGAAAUACUACCAAAAUCCGCAAACGCUAUUUAUCCAGUAAUCAUGGAGGAGUACAAAGAUGAAGUUAUUAGACCCAUAUAGCUCUACAGUAUGGCCUCAGAAAGUUGAGUCACGCUAAAAAAAAUACUGGUUUAAUACCAUUUUUGUCCCCCUCCUGAAAUCUGGAAAUUAAAUUAUACUCUGGCAAGACUGAGCAUGGUAAGGUAGGGCCUGGCCUUAUAUAGGCCACUCGGCCCCGCAUCACGUGAUGUCAGGGCGUGAAGUGCGGGGCCAGUCUCGUGGGCCUGGCAGUGGCCUCGUCAGACCUGAAGGAGGGGAUCAGCUUUGCUUGAGCUAUCCCUUCCCCAGCAGCAAUGGCGGCCGUGUUAAUUCAUGGCUACUUCUAUAUCAACAAGAUUGGUGAUAGUUCUAAUACUCAGUGCAGAAGUACGUGCAAGCUUUUUGCUGAAUGUAUAUUAGCAAGCCAAAGUGAUUAUUUAAGGCCAAGGCCACGGAGAUAUCUGACCUAGAAAAGCAGCUAAGUGCAGCUACUCCGUCCCAACUGCAGUCAGUCAUGACAAAAUUCCCAUGGAAAUCAGUGGUCAAUGAGACUUUGACACAGCGCUCUCAGGGCCAACAGAACACGUUUGGUGCAGUAGUAAGAAUAUUUGAGAAUGAUUUCCAUUUACGUAGUUGUAGGUCUGAAGCCUUUGGUCUUUCUACAUACAAGCAACAUAACAAGUCAGAUAUUCCAAUACAACCAGACAGUGUGGUCAUAGGCUGAUAGUUUUUCUUUCUAACGUUCCACUCACCUCUGUGGCUGGCAUUUUCAUGUCACGAUAAGAAGUGUUUCUUCCUGUGACAUGCUUCUGAAGUUGCCAGCCAGAUGUAGGCAACAUGUUUUGAGCAAAAACUACCAGACCCCAGCCACACAACCCAGAUAAUCCACAACAGCCAGUUGAUUCUGGCCAUGAAAGUUUUUUAAAACAUCUUCCAAUAUGCUCUGUCUACUGAAAACUAUGAAGCUAAGAGCAGGUUUGUGCAUCUUUAAGCUGGGCAUUAGCAUCUGUAUAUAAAAUUAUUUAUAUUUCCAUCGAAUGCAUUUUAAUGGAUUCUUUUUAAUGAACCCUGUAAUUUUGAAAUUCUUUUCCUAUAGAUAACAGUAUGUAAAUAAAUCGUAUCACCUGCACCUUAACUUUUUGAGCUAUUUUGAACACAGAUUUUCUAAAGUCUUCCAAUAAAGUUGUUUUCUAUGU